AUGGCGCGGGCGAUGGGACGUUGGAAGGGAGCUGCAGUAUUAGCACUGGCACUUGUCUCGGGCAGCUCUUUACUUUGGCCACAGAGCUUUGCCGCGAACACCGGCUUUGGGGCUGAAGGCGGAGCCACCUUGGGCACCUUGAUCCUGUGCGUGGGGAUGGCGGCCAUCUAUGGUUUUUCAUGGCAGCAGGGCCAGGCCCUGCGUGCGGCCGAGAGCCAACUUCCGGAGACCACCGGCGAGGUGGCCAAGAAGCCGCGGAUCGGGGCGCUGGACAGCCUCAGGUUCAUUUUGAUUGCUUACAUUGCGAGUGGCCACUUCAUCCACACUGCCACCAAGAACCCCUUUCUACUGCGCAUGAUCACACAGAUCAACGUGGUGGUGGGCGCCUUCUUCGUGAUCUCCGGCUACGUCGCUGCCUACACCACCACCGAGCUCGGCCAGCGCAAGGGCUCAAAACGAUUGGACAACGCGGUUGAGUUCGUGGUGACUCGCAUCAUGGGUCAUUGGCCACUUCACUUGAUCGUCUUGCUUCUCUUCUCCCCCAUGUUCCUUUAUGUGGAUGUGUCCUACAGUGGCUGGCCAACUGCCUUGUGGAACGGCUUCAUUUCCACAUUCAUGCUGCAGGCCUGGUUUCCGACCUCCGGAGAGGUCUGGAAUGCUCCGACCUGGUUCCUCUCUGCCCUGUCCUUCGCCCUAUGCGCGCUGCCCUACAGCUUGCGGGUCUUGGCCACACAGAAGAAGGAGGAGCUGAGGCGGACCUUGGUGAUCUUGACCCUCCUCAGCUUGAUCCCCAAGGUGGCCUAUAGCUCCGAUCUUCAUGCCUGGGGCAUCAUGGAAGGCAUGCUGAAUGCGAAGACGCAUCCCAACUACGCGGUCUUCAACACGUUGCGUUUCAGCCCCCUGGGAGCACUCUUGGAGGUGCCGGUGGGAGCACACCUCGGGGUUUGGAGGGUCGGGGGGGUUUGGAAGUGUGAAGGGUUCACCGGAUUGGGCUGGGGAGCUGCAGCCACGGCAGAUCUGGAUCUGGAUCUGAUGCUAACCUCCCCGCCUGGCAGUGGCCUCUCAAGAUACAAAGGCACGGGCUUCGACCCGGAGGCCUGCGGCGAGGCCUGUGAGGCGCUGGCCGAGGCGAUUGCCAAGGGGAACCAGCAGCAGGUGGAGAGCCUCAUUUGCGCGCUCAAGCUGAUGAUGCCACCAAGCAGCGGUGCUGAGCAGGCCUUAGGCCCACCGCGGGACAACUUCAUCUUGCGCCCGGAGGAACUCGAUUGGUCCGAGCAGGACUUCCUUGGAGGCCUGGAGGAGAACCAGCGCAUCGUCCAGGAGUGCGAGGCCAAGUUCGCACGGCUGGUGGCACAGCAACCUCAGGGCUUCCGAGCCCCAGAGGUCUUGGCCAAGGGCUUGGACCUGGCGGUGGUUUACCUGAAGAACUACGCGCUCGACAAGGCCGACGCCUUGUACGAGAUCACCAAGCCGCAUUGCCUCUCAAGAGGUUUGCCUUGGAACGUGAAGUGGUUCCAAGACUGCGCGACGUUGCGGUGCAAGCAGAACCGCCAAGCGGAGGCCGCGCCCAUGCUGGAAGAGGUGGCCAAGCUAACGCCGCCGCACGAGGCGACUUUGAGGAAUUUGGGCACUGUUUACAACCAGCUGCGGGAGCACGACAAGGCGAAGGUCUAUUUUGAUGCGGCGGCAGAGCUGGUCGGCGAGCGCGACAGCAAUGGCAAGCUCAUUCUAGACAAGGAGGAUCUUUGGAACAUUGGCCUGGUGCACAAGAACAAAAAGAACUACGCGGAGGCUGCGCCCAUGCUGGACCAGGCCUUGGAGAAGUGGCUCAAGGAGGAUCCCGAGGACGACGUGACAUUAGCGAAGCUUUACGACUCAGUGGGCAGCUGCUACGAUGAAAUGGGGAGGCAUGAGGAGGCGGUCGAAGUUCUCCAAAAGGCCAAGGACUUGUAUGAUCGCUCCAUCGGUACCGAGAGCCCCUUGUACGGCAGCGCUUGUGAGCGGCUGAGCCGAGCGCUCGUGCAUGCGCAGCGGCAUCAAGAAGGUUUGGACAAUCUCAUCGAAGCCUUCACAGUCAUUGCGCUUCAGGACGCUGUGCACCCCACGCCGCUCUUUGAGCUUUUGGGCAUCGCUUUGGAGGAGAUCCCCAUCACCAAGGAGGUGGACGUGCGCGAGCUGGCGCGGCUGGAGAUGCCGAUCCAGGCGGCGGUGCGGAACAUGCGCUAUCGGGGCCUGGAUCAGGAUGGCAACUGUGGAGUCCUCUUCGAGCGCAUGGCGCGCGCGCUGGUGCUUUGCAGCUCUGCCGGUGGCACGGCCGAGGAGCAGCGCUCGGCCGGGCAGCGCCGCGCGACCGCGCGGACGCUUCUGCUGCACGCACGGCCGCUAGUGGAGCAAGCCACCAAAGAGGGCCUGGCGGAUUUGACGCAUAUCUCCAUGCUGAUUGACACGGAGCUGCAAGCCUUAGAGAACCAAGAUGCCGCUGCCCGUCUUGGUUUGCCCCAGCAGAUGGGCCAAACGCCGGCAGCGCCAACACCCGUCCCAUCCAGACCAGCUCCACCAGUGCCUCCAGUCGCUGUGGCACCACCGGUGCCCGCACCCGUGCCCGCACCGGUCCCAGCAGUCCCACCGGUGGCUGCACCGGUGGCAGCACCGGCCGCGGUGCCGGGAGCGCCGACGGGGUGGCGACGGAGAUGA